AUGGACUUCAAUCUUUCCACAUAUGUAAACAACUUUGACAUAGACAAGAACUACGAAGUUGAGUUUUCCAAUGUCGAUGCAAAGUUAGAGUCAUUGAUCGAAUCAUUAGCCCACAACCCAGACGCUCUUGCAUCCAACGCAGACUUGUUUGAUGAUCUCGUUGAACUUACUCAUGGGAUUUUUACAUUACAGCCGAAACAGCGGCAGCAAGUUGCAUAUCUCAUUGUCUCUUCAUUUAAUGCCGUUGCCCAACAAUUCGAUCGUGUGAUACAAGAGGACGAUUUUCAUGAGGUAUUGCAAGAAGUGAAAUCCACCAUGGAGAGAUACGGCUAUUUGGUGUUUGUGUUGUUGAAACAGCUAUCGAAGGAGGACUAUCUGCAGUUGAGUACAACAAGAUCUCAGAAAUCGUUGUCGAAGGAGUUUCUUGCAAGGUGGAAUUCGAAUUGUACUGAAGUUGAAAACUGCUUGGUUGUGGUAAAAGCCAUCCUAAACCUUAAACUAGAAAAGAUUUUCGUAACCACGCCUGAACGCGAUGCUUAUGUUGAACUAUUUACGCGGCCCAUAAUGAAUCUAAUGGAAAGUCCUGAAAGGAUGAAAGUUGUUGGUUUAAGAAUGGUGAUUUUGGAAGACUUGUGCUUAGCAGUAACAAGACAUGCUCAUGGUCCAUGUAUUAGACAUUCUAUAACACAGAGUCUCACUUAUUAUGCUCAUUUACCUCAGUACAUGGCGAUGUUGUUGAACAUGUUGACUGACAAGUAUGAUCACACUCUCUUAUCGGAGGAGGUUUUGAGAGAGAUUGCUCAAACGAGCUUCAACUCCAAUGAUACCAAUGGUCCAAAGGCUAUAGCCGAAUUUUUAGUCAAGCUUUCUGAAUUAAAUCCCAUUCUGAUUCUUCGUCAAAUGACAAGCAUAUCACAGUUGUUGGCUAACACUAACCAAACUUUGAGAUGCUCAGUUGUGGAGACCUGUGGAAACAUUGUUGUGAGUAUUCUCAAAUCAUUCGAUAAUGCCUUACAAUCACAAGACGAAAUCACAGACCACAAUGAACAACAGGUGGACAAGUUGCUAAAUUUGUUGGAGGAGCGAUUUUUAGAUCAGAAUCCAUUUGUGAGAACCAAAGCAUUUCAAGCUUUGACAAAGGUUGCUGAAUUGAAGAUCAAACUAACCGCCCGAAGACAGAAAAUGAUGCAACUCGCAGUCAGGUCACUAGAUGACAGGAGCACAUUGGUGAGGCGAAACGCGAUCAAGUUGAUUGGAAAGCUCGUUAUUAAUCAUCAAUUCCAAGGUGUACAUGGUACCCAAUUGAGUCUUGUGUUUUGGAAAAAAGGAUUAGAGGAGGCUGAAAGGGAAUUGCUUCGUUAUGUUCCCAUUACUUCCCUGAAAAAGUCAGUAGAUGAUGAUGAUAAAGCUUCCUCUGUGGAUGAAGAAGUUGGUGAACUUGCCAGUGACAACGAGAAUGGUUCUGUUGCAGUUGAAAGCGUAAAUCAAGAAGUUGAAAGAUCUGAAUCACACAGUGAUGAAGAGGAUUCGGAUGUGCCGGAAAACAAUAUUGAUAUAAAUCUGGAUCUCCCGGAUAGAACUGUUUUGGCACGAAUCAAACUCAAAUUUGACUUUUACAAGGACGCAGUUGACUUUAUUAAAAUGAUCCAUUCGAGCGUUGAUGUGGUUUCCCGCUUGUUGUUUUCUAGGAAUCGAAAUGAAGCCAUUGAUGCAAUGGAUUUCUUAGUUCUCGUCGACGCUUACGGUAUUGAAAAUGCUCAAUACGGUAUCCGAAAGAUGCUACAUUUGGUCUGGAUGAAGGGCUCCUCCGAUGAGGGUAAAUCUGUUGCAUCUCAUCUCAUUGAUUGCUACAAAUCGUUGUUCAUGUCAGCGCCCACUGGUACAAUUGCCGAAAAGGCUGCAUAUGUAGCAGGAAAUCUUAUUGAGCUAACCGUUGGUGCUAGUCUUGCCGAUUUGGCUUCCUUGGAAAAGUUGCUUUGUAUGAUGUACGAAGCAAAGUACAUCAACAGUGAUGUCGUCAAAGUAUUAUGGCAUGUGUACAAUGCGGACGUCGAAGAUGUGCAACGUGUGAAAGAGAAAAGACGUGGUGCCAUCAAAAUUUUGGGCAUGUUGGCGCUUGAAGAUCCUAAAAUCGCCAAACAAGGUUUCAACUCAAUUUUGGAAAUUGGAUUGGGAGAAAAGGGUCAUUCAGACUUGGUAUUAUGUCGUUAUACAUGUAUUGCUUUACAGAGAGUGUUGUCCACUACAGAGAAAAGUUCAACACAGUCACAGCUACCUAAUGCAGAUCUCGCUAUGGAGAGGCUCAAGAGUGUGCUUUUGAAAGUGUGUUAUGAUGGUGAAUGGUUCCCCACAGCUGAACAAGCAAUAAACACGAUUUUCAGUAUAUCAUCAGACCCAGUGUCGGUGUGUUCUGAUAUUCUACGAACCAAAUCAACAGAAGUUUUCACACCAUCUGUUGCCGAAAAGCUGAAUUGUCAUUCGCUCUCUCAGCUUCUUUUUAUGGUAGGUCAUAUUGCUAUGUCAACAGUUGUCUUUUUGGAAAACCUCGAAGCACAAUUCAAAAAGAAAAAACACGCAGCAGAAGCAGCAGGCAAAAAAGAUGAACACUCUAGUGAGACCGCCGAAGACAACGAGUUGGAGAUGAUUGGUGGUACUUCCGAAGAUGACUUUGCCGAUGCCGUUAUUCACGUGAAAGAGAGAGAACUUUUGUACGCCGAUAAUUCGUUGUUGAAAGGUUUUGGAAUUCUUGCGAGAAGGAUAUGCUCGCUGCCCAAGCAGUAUAAAAACACAAUGUUGCAACGUCAAGCUGUGUUGUGUUUGGUAAAACUCAUGUGCGUAUCGUCCUUGUAUUGCGAAGAAAACUUACCUUUACUAUUGAAGAUUAUGGAAGUAUCGAAAGAUCCAGUCAUAAGAUGCAAUUGUGUUUUAGGAUUGGGUGACCUUGCAGUUAGCUUUAAUCGGUUGAUUGACGAAAACACUGAUUUUAUAUAUCGAAGGUUAACUGACGAAGACAUCAUGGUUCAAAGAACCUGUUUAAUGACGGUGACUUUUUUGAUCUUGGCUGGUCAAGUAAAGGUAAAGGGGCAAUUGUCGUCAAUGGCCAAGUGUUUGGAGAACCCUGACCAAGGUAUAAGCGACAUGUGUCGUCUCUUUUUUGCUGAAUUGGCAACCAAAGACAAUGCUAUCUACAAUGGAUUCGUCGAUAUAUUCAGUGGGUUAUCGUUCGACGAAACGUUGAGUAAUGCCGAGUUCAAGCGAAUUUUGAAGUUCUUGAUAGGCUUUGUGGAUAAGGAAAGACAUCAAAAGCUGUUGUGUGAGAAGUUGUUGGUUAGAUUGUCCAAGGCUAGAACCCAAAAAGAAUGGACUGAUAUUGCAUUUGCGUUAGACACAUUUCCAUACACAAGUGAAGCAAUCGCUGCUGCCAUCAAGGAAGGUUAUCAAGUUGUGCAAGCAAAAGAGUAA